AUGGACUGUCAUGAAUUUAAACAAUUAGAUAAUUGUGAUUUAAUUUCUGUUAAUAAUUCAACUUUUACUAUUGAUACAUUGUGUUUAAAUGAAACGAAAAAAUUACCACCAAUCAAUUUAGAAAAUUUAUCUACACUUAUUAUUGAAGAAGGUUCAUUCCAAUAUAUUUCUUCUAUUUUAAUUAAAGAAAAUUCAUUUAUAACAAUACAAGGAACAUUAAAUAUAUCUAAUAAUAAACUAUUACAACUUGGAUCAAAUGUAGUAUUAUCAAUUAAUGGUUCAAUCAUACUAAAUUCUAUAUUUUUUAAUAUGAAUAAUCAAAAUAUAAUUCUUAAUGAAGGAGGACAUUUUAUUAUUAAUCAUUCAAAUGUAUCAUUUUUUAAUACAAAAAUUACUUCAAUAACUAAUGGAUUUUUUAAUAUUCAAGAACAUUGUUCUUUAACUUUUUUAGAUACUUCUAUUUCAAUUUUACAAAUUAAUAUUUUAAGUUCAUCUAUAAUUAAUUUAACAAAAUCUUCUUUAAAUUCUAUUUCAUUAACUCUUUUUAAUGAAUCAUCUCUACAAAUUUAUCAAUCUACUUUUAUUACUUCAAAAAUUACACUUAAAGAUUAUAGUCAAAUUAUAUUAGAAGAAUCAAAAUUCCAAAUAAUAUUUCUUCAUUUAUUUGAUUAUUCCACUUUUUCUAGUGAUAUUUAUAGCAUUAUUUCACAAAUACAAGAACUUAACUUAAGUGGAAAAUCAAUUUUAAAGAUAAAUAAUGGUAUUUUAUCAGAUAUUGAAUUAAUUUUAUUAUUUGGAGAAUCUCAAUUAAUUGUAAAUGAUUGUGAUUUUAAUGCAAAAAUAAUUCAAUUAUAUGAUAAAAGUCAAAUUAUUUUCUCUGGAAUAAGUCAAUUAAAUAAUAAUUUUCCUUCUACUACUAUUCAUUUUUUUCUCUUUAAUUCAUCUAAAAUUCAAUUACAAAAUAAUACUUCUGGAUAUAUUGGAUCUAUUCAACAAUUUAAUACUUCUUUAUUUUAUAUUUCUGAUAAUGUCGUAAUUUCUUCUCUUUAUGAUGAUCCUUUCACUAUUGAUAUGUAUGGAAAUUCUAUGUUUUUGUUUUAUGGAUUAUCUCAUCUAUCAUUAACUAACCUUACUUUACAUAACUAUUCAUCCAUGUAUUUUUAUGAUAAUUAUUUCUUUGAAGUUAAACAAAUUAAUACUUAUGAUUAUUCAAAUAUUAUAUUAUUUGAUGAUGGAAUGUUAAUUCCUCAUAUAUUGGUACUUACUAAUCAUUCUACAAUUAUUUUAAAUGGGGAAUGUUGGAUUAUUGCACAUUCUAUUUUAUUAAAAGAUUCAAGUAGUUUCUUUCAAAAUUUUAAAUCAUAUGUACUUUCUACUAGUUUUAUUAAUAUAAUUGGUUCUAGUUCAUGGUAUCUUCAAGAAGAUUCAUUUUUUUCUUGUGAACAAUUUAGUAUGACAAAUACAACAUAUCUUCAUUUUAAUACAUCAAAAAAACUACAAAUACAAGGUAAUUUUGAUUGUAAAGAAGAAUGUUAUUCAAUUUCACUUAAAGAUUUUUGUAUAAUAAAUAUAACAAGAACAGUUGAAGAAACUGUUAUAUUUGAGAAAAUAGAAAAAGAAGUAUAUCUUGGAAAUGAUAUUAUUAUAUUAAAUGAAUAUGAAGAAUGUACUAAUUUAAUAUUUGAUGAAUAUAAAGGAUUUCAAAAUAAUAAAAACCCAUAUGUUGUACUUUUAUCUAAUGGUAAAAUACUUAGAUAUUGUCCUAAUAAGAUAAAUAUUAAAAUGAAAUGUAUUAUGAAUGGAACUGAGUGGAUGAAUGAAUAUGAUAUAAAAUAUCUUAUAUCAAAAAAUUUAAAAUAUUCAUUUACUCAAAAAUAUUGUCCAUGUUCUGGUAAUAAUUGUUAUAUUUCUUCUUUAAAUGAUAAAAUUAAUAUAAAUAAUGGUGACAUUAAUGUUAAUUUUAUAGAUAAAAAAGUAAAUCUUAUUAUGAAUUCUAAUUUAUAUCAACAAACUAUUCAUGGUUUUAUUGGUACUGUUACUUUUCCAAAUAAAAUUACAAUAUAUCCACUUUGUGAAGUAAUAGGUAAAAAUGGAUUUGUUUCAAUAAAUAGAAAUCUUUUUAAAUAUGAAAUAGAUUGUUCUUCAGAUGAUAAUUCUAAUGAAUUAACAAGAAAACAAGAAUUUCAAAGUUUAAUAUUUAAAAUGAAUGAUCAAACAAUUGAAAUUAAAAGUAAAUAUGGAAUUAUUCUUUAUUAUAAAGAUAAUUUUAAUAUUCUAAAAAAUUAUAAUAUUCAAGGUUCUAUUCCAAUAAUCAUUAAAACAUAUAAUGGAAUGAUAUAUCAAAAUACAAAUGAAAUAUGUGAUUUUGGUAUUUAUGAAAAUAAUAAUUUUAAUUGUCUCAGAAAGAAAAUUAUUCAAUGUGAUUCUGGUUAUUAUUAUGAUUCAAAUAAAUGUAAAAAAUGUACUAUUGAUAAUUGUAAAUAUUGUACUUCUUCAAAUUGUUUAUUAUGUAAUGAUAAUUAUCAAUUAAAAGAUAAUAAAUGUAUAUUUAUUAAUUCUUCUAUUUGUUUAAGAUUUAUUAAUAAUCAUUGUUCUUAUUGUUCAUUUGGAGGUGUUAUAAAUGGUCAAUGUUCUAAAUGUGAAAUUGAACAUUGUGUUGAUUGUUAUGAAGGAAAAUGUUAUCGUUGUGAAGAUUCAUUUGAUGGAAUUUUAGAGAAUAAUCAAUGUAUUAAAAAAGAACAUAUAGAAUAUAAAUCAACAACUUCAGUUAUUUCAUGUUCAAAUACACAUUUUCUUAAUAAAAAUAUUUGUGAAAAUUGUAAUUCUAUUAGUUCUAAAAUUGAAAUAUGUGAAAAUAAUAGAAUACUUAAAUGUAGAGAUGAUUUAUUAAUGAAUGAAAAUGGAAGUUGUAUUUCUAUAGUUAAUGGAAUAGUAGAAAAAAAUGGAAUUAUUAAAUGUAAUGAUGGAUUCUCUUUAGUUCAAGGAAUAUGUGUUAAUACCCAAGAAAAUUGUGAAGAAAUGGUUAAUGGAAAAUGUUUAGAGUGUAAAUAUUCAUAUGGAAAAUAUAUUUCAACAACUCAAACAAUAAAUUGUAAUAAUAAAGUAAAUCAUUGUCAAGUUCAAAGUAAAUUUGGAUGUCAAAGAUGUGAUAAUGGAUAUUUUUUAGAAAAAGGAAUAUGUAGUAUUUGUGAUGAAAAAUGUCUUACAUGUAUUAAUGAUUCAAAAAAUUGUUUAAGUUGUAAAGAAGGAUAUUUUAUUGAUAAUUAUCAAUGUAGAGAUAAUAUAGAAAUGAAAGAAAGUUGUAAAUUAUAUACAGCAACAGGAAAAUGUGUAAAAUGUCAUGACAAAUACUAUAUUUAUGAAUUUGGAUGUUUUCCAUGUAAAGAAGAAUGUGAAAAAUGUACAAAUGAUCAAAAUUGUAUUGAAUGUAAUAGUACAAUGUAUAUGAAUCAAAAUAAUCAAUGUAAAUUUAGAAAUGAAAUUCAAGGAUGUAAAAAUAAUAUUACUUCUAAAGGAUGUGAUAAAUGUGAAGAUGGAUAUUAUCUUAUUUUUAAUGAAUGUUUUAAAUGUAGUACUCAUUGUAAAAAAUGUAAAAAUAUUGAAAAUUGUCAAAUAUGUGAAAAUAAUUAUAUUUUAAAUUCUUUAACACUUAAUUGUAUUUCAAUAAAUCUUGUAAGUCAUUGUAUUAAAACUGAAGAUUCUAAAUGUUCUCAUUGUUCAUUUGGAUAUAAAUUAAAUGAAAAUAAAGAAGGAUGUAUAUAUCAUGUUAUAUGGUGGAUUGUUUUAUUAGAAAUUAUUAUAGCAUUAUUUAUACUAAUUAUAAUAAUUAGUAUUGUUUGUGUUAUUACUAAAAUAUUUAUUUACAAUGUUCUUUUAAAACAAAAAUCUAUUAUAAUGAACAUAAAAAAAUUAAAAAUUAAAAUGAUUGUUCAUGCAACAUCAGAUAUUAUGAUUUCAACUGAAUCAAUUCAAUUUAAUACUCUUAAUAACUUAUUAAAUGUUGAUACAAUAAAUAAUACUUCAUUUUAUAUUGGAAAUAUAUCUAAUUCUACAAAAGAAAUUAUCAUUAAUUGUCCUUUCAUUAAUGAUUAUAAAUAUCAAGUAAAAACAUAUCCUGAAUGUAUUAAUCUAAAACCAAAUAAAUGUUGUCAUGUUAAAAUAUCAAUUCUUCCUUAUUGUACUUGUUUUAUUAAUGAUUCAAUCUCAUUAUAUGAAGUAAAUAAUUUAAAUAAAAAGAAAUUAAUUUAUAAAUUACCAAUUAAAGUUCAAACAGAACUUUCACCAAAACUUGAUAUUGCUGAUGUUAUUGAACAAAAAAUUAUUGGAGAAGGUAGAUUUGGGAUUAUUAGCAAAGGAAAUUAUAAAGGAAAUAUUGUUGCAAUAAAAAGGUUAAAAGAAUUUUCAUUUAAUACAGAAACAUUACUUAAUACUAACUUUAAAAAAGAAGUUGAGAUGUUAUAUAAAAUAAGAUGUGAUUAUAUUGUUCAUUUUUAUGGGGCAUUUUGUUUUGAUUUUAAUAAAAGUAUUAUUAUGGAAUAUGCACCAUAUGGUUCUUUAAGAAAUUUGAUUAUUAAAAAAAAUUCUAAUAUUCAAUUUCAUAAAUAUUCAAAAAUUAAAUUUAUUAUAGACGCUGCUAAAGGUAUUCAAUAUCUUCAUAAUAAUGGUAUUCUUCAUCGUGACAUUAAACCAGAAAAUAUACUUAUUAUGUCUCUUGAUACAAUUAAUGUAUCAGUAUGUGCUAAAUUAACUGAUUUUGGAAGUGCAAGAAAUAUAAAUAUGCUUCAAACAAAUAUGACAUUUACAACUGGAGUUGGUACUCCAGUGUUUAUGGCACCAGAAAUAUUAUUACUUCAAAAAUAUAAAAAACCUGCUGAUAUUUAUGCUUUUGCAAUAACAAUCUAUGAAGUCAUGAAAUGGGGACCAGCUUACGAUAAUUCUGAUGGAUUAUUUGAAUAUCCAUGGCAAAUAGCUGAAUUUGUUGUAUCAGGAAAAAGACUUACUAAACCUAAAACUAUGGAAGAUAAUAUCUUUUUAAUUAUUUCUAAAUGUUGGGAUAAUGAUCCUCAAAAACGGUUAGAUAUAUCAACGUUAAUAGAAUUAUUAACAAAUGUAUGA